GCCGGGCCCCGGGCAGAUGAUGGCGAUACGCGAGCUGAAAGUGUGUCUGCUUGGAGAUACAGGGGUUGGGAAAUCAAGCAUCGUUUGUCGAUUUGUCCAGGACCACUUCGAUCACAAUAUUAGUCCUACUAUUGGAGCAUCCUUCAUGACUAAAACUGUGCCUUGUGGGAAUGAGCUUCAUAAAUUUCUGAUCUGGGACACAGCUGGUCAGGAACGGUUUCAUUCCUUGGCUCCAAUGUACUACCGAGGUUCAGCAGCAGCCGUGAUAGUUUAUGAUAUCACCAAACAGGAUUCAUUUCAUACUUUGAAGAAAUGGGUGAAAGAACUAAAAGAACAUGGUCCUGAAAACAUUGUAAUGGCCAUUGCUGGAAACAAAUGUGAUCUUUCUGAUAUCAGGGAGGUUCCUAUGAAGGAUGCCAAAGAAUAUGCAGAAUCUAUAGGUGCAAUUGUUGUUGAAACCAGUGCAAAGAAUGCUGUUAACAUUGAAGAACUUUUUCAAGGAAUAAGUCGGCAAAUUCCACCCUUAGAUCCUCAUGAAAACGGUAACAAUGGAGCAAUCAAACUUGGAAAGCAGACUUCACAGACGGGUAGGCGGUGCUGCUGACCCAACUUGAUCUUUUUAGAUUUACUUGAAAAACAGCACCAUUUGCUUUUUUCACUGAGAAAGGACUUCAUGAUCUCAGUGACGUGGCUCCAUAUCUUGAAAGCAGUGAUUUCAAUACUUCCCAUGAGCAAUAAUGCAAGGACCAGAAGCAGAAAGCUUUACUUCAAAGGGAUUUUGCAAAACCUGGUUGGAAAAUCCUCUCUAAUAUCCUGUCAAAAUUACAAUGUCAAAGUACUCCGAUUCUCUGUUUAAACCAAUGACUGUUUUUUUGGUUUUUUUUUAAUAAAAUGAUCCUUUUAUAUAUAAAAUUUAGAUUUGCUGCAAAAACUUCUCUUCUUGCAUUGCAAAUGGACUUGGCAUGUUUUCAGAGUUUUCUCUGUAAUAAUAGGGUGAAAAAAACCAUAAAACCUGAAUUUUGGCUUACAGUUUCUCUGCCAUCUUUCUAGCUGGACUCUGCUUCAGUAUUUUUCUAAAUCUGUAGCUUCAUCUUGUACUUUCAGCAAACAUCAGCAAGAAAUGGACUGAAUUUGCUAACUAGAAAAAAAAUUGAUCCAAAGGAUGAGCGAGUGCAAUUUUUACAGGCUAGAAGUCAAAAUCUGUGUCAGGAGGUGCUGUGUAUGUGAAAGAAGGAGUUGUCAUGAAGGAGACUGCUGGACCCCAUGCAGUUCCAGUCUGCUCCGGAAAGAAGUGAAGAUGCAGCCACUGUGCUUUGCCUGAAUUGAUUCCCUUUCCAGGGCGUAGGCUUCAUUAAUUACUGAAAUUGUAAAAAGAACGUAAACGCCAGCUUCAUCUCCACUACUUACAGUUUUCCUCCAAAUCUGUGCCCCAGACCACAGUUGUCUCUGCUCGAAGAUGCCACUUCCUUCAUUUCUAAAAGAGGGUGCCGCAGCGCCCCAUUCCUCGUGGUCUCACUGCUGCGCUCCAAGAAGUCUUCAAGUUGGAAGAAUGAGAUUUCUGUACAAAAACAGCUUAAGAGAGCACAAUAUAAUUUGGGGUUAAAGGCUGGAAUCUAAUAAAACAAACCAGAAUGUUUCUUUACAAGUGCAAUUCUGUGAAUUUGUGGAGUAGUCUCCUCCCUCACAUGGGGAUGCGGUAUGGAAGACCCAGUGCGUGAUACCUUUGAAGCUUGAUGCACUUGAAAAUGCAGUGUAGAAAAAAAAAAAAUCCAAUAGGUGGAUUUUGUAAUAAUGUAAACCUGUAUGUAUUCUCCACUUCCAUCUUUUAUGAAUAUGUGUGACUGAGAUAAUAAAAUCCAAAUUUAUCAUCUUCAUCAAUUUCAUUGGAAAUUGGAACUCAGCUAAGAAAUGCAGGCUUCAAAACCAAAGUCCAGCCUGCAUUCCACAACAUUAAUUUGUUCUCUUAUGAGGAAAAUUAACCUCACUGCACAUUUGUUGGGGGACUUAUGAAAAGCAAACAAAAGGGAAAAACAGCUUUCCACAAUAAAUCAUGAACAGGCAGGCUAGAGCUGGGUUUCCGUGUUUAUACAUAAAAUGCAGACCUUAUUGCCUGUUGUGAGAUUGCUUUGAUAAAAUGGCACUAAUUAUUAGGGCUUGAAACAGAGCCAGAUUAAAUCAAUGGGAACGUUUGUCUUCAGAGGGCUCGAAGUAGUUAUACGUGGAAAACGUCCCACUGGAUUUUAUCUAAGAAUCUAAACUGCAUUGUUUUUUCAUAUAUAAUCCAUUUCUCAGAUAUUUUGGACUCCUUUGAAAGCACUCAUACUUGAAAAUAUGCCCUUGGAUAAUACACAGACUCAGACAGCUCCCAUGAGAAAGGAUAUUUCGGGUAAACUUUCAGUUGUCACCUCUGCUGAUAUGUGAUCCAUGUUGCUGCUUCUAUUGCAGCAACUAUUUUACAUAAUCCAGGGUUAUUUAAGUGAAAAUUCAGCAAUCAUCAUUGUUGAUAGUUGGGGAGGGAGACAGGCUCCUUUAGGGAACAUUUCAUCCCAUCCUGGUACAAGCAAGUCUGCCAGGGGUGCCUGGCUCUUUCACCUGGCUGUGGAGGAAGAGGUUAACCUGGCCUUCAGCGCUAAAGAAAUAUCAAACUUAUCAACAUCACAGAUUCAUAUAAUUUAUGGGAUCUAUGACCCAAUGCUGCAAGAGAUCUGGUUCUUCCUAAAUAAAACCCAGUGAAAGGCUAGACCUGUUACCAGGAAAACAAGGUGAGAUCGAACUCAAGUUUUUAAAGGUCUCAUAAAUUCUAGUUCAACAUACAGUAGUUGUGCAUAACUGAUUUUUGAGCUUUCAUAAAUCUUUGUGGCAUAUUUCUUUUUUUUUUUAAUGUGACAUCUCAAAACUCAUUAAACCCUACUUGAGAUGCCUGAAAGCUUUGUAAGACAAUUCUGCGAGUACCUUGUAUACUCUCAUUUAUGCUAGAACUAGCAAUUGAUGCUGAUCCGUAUGGGAUAUUGUCCUGACCAACCAGCUCUCACAGCUGCCAUUGAGCUGUGUGUGAAUCACAACAGGUUUAUGAGUUAUAUGUUAAAAGAGUUUAAAAUUGGAAGUUGUUACAAUGGAUCUGUGGCAGAUUUUAAAAUUCAAAUGUUGGCUAAGUAGGCUCAAAGAUAUUUUUGCAUUUGGUGGGCCAAAUCUAAAUCACCUUAUUUUGCUUUUAGUCAAGAAAAAGAUUUAAAUGAAUAAGGAUUCUGAUUGUGUUAAGUUGGGUUGAGAUUUGGGUUACGGUGAGCUUCAGUAGGGAGCUCUGAAGUCACAGGUGAAAAAAUAACAGGCUACUGUGCUGUGCAGAGCAGCUAGCUUUUUCUUUGAAGACAGGGCUUGCCUUCGACGAUGAUGUUGCCUCUGCUCUUCGUCAAAGCUAAAGUGCAGCUUUAACAUGCCUCUUCAAAUGGGGGAACGGUUUGUUUUAAAAAUUGUGAUUUUCAAAUGUAAAAUUCAUGAUUUCUGCUUCCUUUUGUUGCCUGUGUUGCUUGGAAAGUAUCACCACCCUUCAUAAAUAGCCAGAAAAAUGACAUACAAAAACCCCCCAAACUCAGAGUCAAAAGUUUCAGCAGCAACCGGAAUUCCUCUUAGUAGUUAAUGCCUGGUGAAAAGCUAAAUUACUGUACAGGAGCACCUGACUCUGUAGCUGAUCUGCUCUAAUAAUAAUAACGCUGCAGUUCUAGGUUGGCCAGCUGGUGCUGGAUUUGUCCAAGAUUGGUUUUCUCAAGAGAGCUGGCAGCAGGACUGAGGUACAGGCUGCAGCGCCAAGGAUGUUUGGUAGAGCUUGUUUGCACCAUGACUCAAGACUGUGACUGUCCAGUUAUGGGUGACUUGCUUUUCUGGCUUGUCAUGAGCUAGUUUAAAAACAAGAUUAUGAAGGAACUAGUUUUCAUAUAUGCUCUGCAUAUGUGUGUGUAUAUAAGUACAGUUUUAUAUUGUUAUGCUGACAUGUAGUGUUUUUUCACUAUGGUUCUCAUAUACUGCACAUUGUAUUCUGUAAGUACAUUUUUUUGUUAAUGAUCAUUUCACCUUUAUGAACCUAAAGUUACGGAUCAAAGGUAGCAAGAAGAUGGAGAUACACAUAGGUACAAUUGUUGACUUGCCAUUCUUAUGCAUGAAAAUGGCAUAUUAUAGAAAAAGUUUGUCUUGCAGACUGAGAAAUCUAAAAAAGGCCAUUGUUAUUCAAGAAUUGGGACUCCGAAGUAAUAAAGUGGCACUCCAAAAAAAACCAAAACAAAAAAAAAUUGAUUAUUUUUGUUCAUGGUACAGCAGGUCUAUCUAAAGUGCUACAGUGUACCAUGGGUCUGUAUCAAUACCUAGAAAAGUUACCUGUCAUCCCUUGUCUUCACUAAUCCGUCAUGGCACGUGGUAAUAAGCAUGACUAGACAGAUGAUACAUGCGAGCACUCUGACUAUAAUCAGACCUUUUCAGUAGAAUGUUGAUAUAUUUUACUAUCCUACCCUUAAUUAUUUAAACCAGAGUCAGUGAUAAAUUGUCAGUUUAAAGUCACCUGCUAAGUACUCUUCCUCUGUUUUGUUUAUAUAAGGGCUUUGACUGGGCUGGACCCACUCGCUUCAUGUAUGGGAUGCUGCAAUCUGUUAAUACUUUACCUUCUGUUUUACAUAUUAAUUGUAUCAUACCUAAUAAUAUUUUUUUGCCCUAAAAUGUAGGUUUUGUGUUUUAUUUAACCUACAAUGAUUAACGCUAAUAAAUGUUUUAAAUACCUCUGA